GCGGCCCGGGAGCGCCGGCGCAGGCGGGCGGCUUCGCGUCGGCCAUGGACCGCUUCGUGUGGACCAGCGGCCUCCUGGAGCUCAACGAGACCCUGGUGAUCCAGCAGCGCGGGGUGCGCAUCUACGACGGCGAGGAGAAGAUAAAAUUUGAUGCUGGGACCCUCCUUCUUAGUACACACCGACUGAUUUGGAGAGAUCAUAAAAAUCAUGAGUGCUGCAUGGCCGUUCCUCUUUCCCAAAUUGUGUUCAUUGAGGAACAGGCAGCUGGAAUUGGGAAGAGUGCCAAGAUAGUGGUUCAUCUUCAUCCAGCUCCUUCUAACAAAGAGCCUGGCCCAUUCCAGAGCAGUAAGAACUCCUACAUCAAACUCUCUUUCAAGGAGCAUGGCCAGAUUGAGUUUCACAGGCGUUUAUCAGAGGAGAUGAUACAGAGAAGAUGGGAGAAUAUGCCAGUUUCCCAGUCAUUACAAGCAAGUAGAGGACCCCAGCCAGGAAGAAUAAGGGCUGUAGGAAUUGUAGGUAUUGAAAGGAAACUGGAAGAAAAGAGAAAAGAAACGGACAAAAACAUUUCUGAGGCUUUUGAAGACCUCAGCAAGCUAAUGAUCAAGGCUAAAGAAAUGGUGGAGUUAUCAAAAUCAAUUGCUAAUAAAAUUAAAGACAAACAAGGUGAUAUCACAGAAGAUGAGACCAUCAGGUUUAAAUCCUACUUGCUGAGCAUGGGAAUAGCCAACCCAGUUACCAGGGAAACUUAUGGCUCUGGCACACAGUACCACAUGCAGCUGGCUAAACAGCUGGCUGGAAUAUUACAGGUGCCGUUAGAGGAACGAGGAGGAAUAAUGUCACUCACAGAGGUGUACUGUUUAGUAAACCGGGCUCGAGGAAUGGAAUUGUUGUCACCGGAAGAUUUAGUGAAUGCCUGCAAGAUGCUGGAGUCGCUGAAAUUACCCGUCAGGCUCCGAGUCUUUGACAGUGGCGUCAUGGUAAUUGAGCUUCAGUCCCACAAAGAAGAGGAAAUGGUGGCCUCAGCCCUGGAGACAGUUUCAGAAAGGGGAUCCCUAACAUCCGAAGAAUUUGCUAAGCUCGUGGGAAUGUCUGUCCUCCUGGCCAAGGAAAGGUUGCUUCUUGCAGAGAAGAUGGGCCAUCUUUGCCGAGAUGACUCAGUGGAAGGCUUGCGAUUUUACCCAAAUUUAUUUAUGACACAGAGCUAAGGUUUUUGUGUUUGAAAUACCUUUUGUCCAUAAACUUGCAUCCUGUAGAGGUUAUAUGAAGUCACGCUAAGGGAUAAACCCUGAUAAACUGAGAGUUUAUUAAAAUUUCACAAUGUAAUAUGCAACUUUUUAAAUAUCUCUAUGAGUACGAUGGCCCAGGAAGCUUAUUUAAGAUACAUCUAGGAAAAUACAGAAAAUGAAUACCAACGUGAAUUUAAAAUUAUACUGUAGCUGUGUAGAAUCCUAAGACUUUAACUUGAUCCCGCAACUGUUUGAAAAGAAAGGAAUUUUAGUUCUUGGGGGGAGAAAGAGAAGUUGCAUGUUUAGAUGGGUUAGAUUUUAUUUUGGUGUGACUAAAAUUCACUGAAUUAUAAGUGAAAUUUUCCUGUGUGUCUGUUGGGCCCAUUUUGGGGGGUUUUUAAUGAAGGAAGUGAUAGAUAUAUUGUAGGUUAAAAACCUGACAACAUUGAACAAAAUAUCUUAAUUGCAGAUUGCCACAUGGGCUCCUCGUAAGGGCCUUAUUUCAGAAGCAGUCAUGAGCAUGUCUUCAGCAGACCAAAUAAAACACCUUUUAAAAGGGGAGAAUGGUAUCUGACUUACAUAUUUAUACUCCAGCUGGGUUUUCAUUUUUUUUUUAAAUGGGGGAUUUCAGAGUUGGCAUUUAAAGAAUGCAACUGUAUCAUUUUGUUUUUAAAAAAUGCUGUGGACUUGGAAACUGAAUUGAAGAGCUGUAUAGGCAUGUCCAAAAGCAUGAUUACCAGUUUGGGAGGCAGACAGCUCAGGAAUGCCCUAGGACUGCUCUGCAGGUACAGGGACAGAGGCAACCUUGGUGUUCUUUUACCUCAAAGCCAAGGAUGGGAAAUAGAAAGGGAAAAUCAUAUGCCUGCCUUUCCUUUGCCUUCAGGAAUUUCAACUCUGAGGUUUUAAGUCUUUCUGUUGUAGUCCAGCAAUAUUUUUUUCUUCUCUGCCUUCCACAUCAUCGGUUGUGUGGGGAGAUCAUCUCAGUAAAGUGUUACUGAGAUGACAAAACUUGGUUACCAUUGCCUCUGGACUGCUUGUGUGCAGAGUGGACAGCCUGACUUCACAUGUCACUCACUCUGCAGUGUGCAGUAUGUCGGCAUUACCUCAAACUCAGGGACCCCGUGGGACUGAAGGGGACACCGUUUCUGAGACUAAGUUGGAAGUGGAAGGGAAGCCUCUGGAAGGAGUAGUAUCUGGUCUGGGAGAACCGCUGGGAACAGGAGGAGGGAGCCCAAGCUCACACUCUGGGGCCCCCAAGAUGUUUUCACUUCCACUUCUGCGGAAGUGCCAGGGACCUUGGCUGCUGACCCCCGGCAUCCCAAUCCCUGAUCCCAGUUGGGAAAAUGGCUGUUGCUGCUUCAUGUCCCCAGUGUCCCAGGGAUGCUGUGGCUGGGGCAUCCUGCUUUAGUUCUCAUUUUCCACACCUGUCACCAAUUCAUCAUUGUGGUGACUGGUCCCCUAAUUCUCUCACUGCAGCCUCAGGUUUAUUUUGUGAGUAAUCGGUGUCUGGCUGCCCAAGUAUUUUAGGGGUUAGCUGGAGAUGUAUAAACUUGUCUGUCUUGUCUCUGUCCAGGUUACUUACUCUCACUGCUUUGGAAAACUUGCAUACAUGCACCCCCCCCACACACACACAUGCGAUAUCUCAUCUGGCUAAAGUUUUUAAAAAUGACAAAUAAUUCACCAGUUGGAAUAGUGGCAAGUAGGAUUGCUGGAGCUGCUAGAUCUAGCCAUGAUGGCUUGGAUUCAUUACAGCAAACGUACAUAAUUCAAUCUACUCAUUUGCUUUAGUGUGAAACAUAAAAAUGGAAUAGUUGGAAUUGUAUAAAGUGAAUAAAGAUACAAAACAGUGGCAUAUGAGUAUAUUUUGCAGAUGUCACAUUAACAAGUAUGAUUCACUUAUCUUAUUUUAAAGUGAACAUUCUUCACAAUUUCCAGACCUCUUUGUGUAUUUUUAUCUUUUUCUUUUGCCAAAUAAAGGUGUUAUUUUGGUCCUCUAUUGAUAGAGGUUAUGUUUAAAUAUAACCAAUCAGGCCCUAAGUGCAAAAAAGUUCUGUCUUGGUGCUUAUCAUUGGUAUAAUUAUUAUUUGUUUUCCUAACUUUGCUCUUUGGAGCAUGAAUCUCUUGGUAGCUUUAUGGUAAUGGAAUAUUUCUAUCCAUUUACUGUCAAGAAAACAUUUUUUAUGUUGUAUAAGUGAAGAUUGUUUUCAGGGUUAAAUGGUAUUAAUGUAUAUAGAAUA